CCCGCAGCCCUGCCCCGCCGCGGCCAUGGACGGGGUGCCCAUUGUCUGCGACUACGGCUCUGGCUUCAGCAAAGUGGGCUUCGCAGGGUCCAAGGACCCACUGAACGUGUUCCCCACCAUCCUUGGGACGUUCCGGCAUGACAAAGUCCUGGUGGGGUUGGAGAAGAAGGAUUCAUUUAUUGGUCAAGAGGUCUAUCAGAAUAUGGAGAGACUCAGGCUGCACUACCCUGUCGUCCGGGGAGCCGUCCACAACUGGGAUGACCUGGAGAAGAUCUGGCAUUACUCCUUCUACCGCGUGCUCCACAGCAACCCCAAGCUCCAGCCUCUGAUGCUGACAGAGCCACCUUUAAACCCUGUAUCAGUCAAAGCCACGACAUCUCAGAUCCUGUUCGAAACCUUCAGGGUGCCUGCCCUGCACCUGGCCAAUCAGGGAGUUCUGUCCAUGUACUCCUCGGGCCAGACCUCCGGAACGACCAUUGAAUCUGGAGAGGGAAUGACCUACUUUGUGCCUGUCAUUGAUGGCUGUCCUUUGCAUCACUCCACCACCAAGCUGGACGUCGCUGGCCAGGACCUGACCUUCUACCUCAUGCGGCUGCUGGACAGAGGGAACUUACUCCUGGGCACAGCUGACCGCGAGUGCGUCCGGGACAUGAAGGAGAAGUGCUGCUACGUGGCGGAGGACUUGGACAAGGAGAAGGAGGACACCCUGGCGUCUCGGGACCAGCAGGCCUUCCAGCUGCCCGACGGCCGGGAGGUCAGCCUGGCCCGCGAGGCCUUCCUGUGCCCCGAGGCCCUUUUCCAGACCAGCCUGCUAGGUAGAAACAGCCAGGGAAUCCACAUGUUCACCAUCCGCUCCAUCACCUCCUGUGACAGAAACUUCUGGAACGCCCUCCUGGGCCACAUUGUGCUAUCUGGAGGCACCAGCUGCCUCCCUGGCCUGAAACAAAGGUUGCAGAACGAAGUCGUCCGGCUGGCCUGCAGUUACUUCACCGUGAAGGUGGCCAUCUCCCCCUACGCCAAGACCGGUGCCUGGACGGGCGGCUCCAUCCUGUGCUCGCUCUCCACGUUCAAGGACAUGUGGGUGACCAGGAGUGAGUAUGAGGAAAUGGGCGCCUCCAUCGUCAGCAGGAGGAGCUUCUGAGCCGGGCUCCGGGGCCGUCGCCCGCGCCCCGGCACCGCACACAGCCCGGCGCGGCCCGCUGGCCCAGCUCCAUCGCGGGCA